AUGGGUCUCCUGGAGCUUUUUAUCACGGCAUCUGUGCCUGUCCUAAAUGUGCUUAUACUGACUGCUGUUGGGCUAUUUCUUGCACUGGACCGCAUAAAUAUUCUUAAUGAAGAUGCAAGGAAGCAUUUAAACAACGUGAGUUAUCUUUUGAUAUUCAUUUAUUUCUCAUUUUCCCCAUUGUGGGUUUUUAGAGUGCCUUUGCCUUUAGCAUGUAUGUGAUUUAACUGGCGAAGCAGUAAUGCCUGCAGUUUUUGCAAAAAACUCUAUAUUAUACAACAGCAUUCAUAAGUUACUAAGUUUAUGUCAGCGUCUGUCUGCAUGCGCUUUCAAUAUUUCAAUGGAACUUUCUACAACGUUAUGGCUCCAGAAGGUGCUAUACAUAAUGAUAAAGAACACCGAAUUGUGGUCAGUGUUAUUUGGAAUUAAUGGCGAAAAGUGUUUAAAUUGUAAGAUAUGAUUACAUAGAUUUCAAGGAUGCGCUAAUGAAACGAACAAAAAAAAAAACAGAAUAACCUAAAAGCAUCACUUCACGUUGAAUGAUAUUGGUGCCCAUGGGGAAGAAAUCUAGAAAACGUGGUAUGGGAAAAGCGUAAUCCUUCUCUAUGGGAAGUCUACAGAAAAUAUCCAAUGGAUCUUAAAGACGAAAGAUGGCUCAUUUUUCUCUCUCCAUUAACUGUUGAGAGAUCUUAAUAGGAGAAAUUAGCUUUCAGUUCCAACUCCUUUUGGUUUGAUUAUUUUUUCAAGGUAAAUUUUGCCUGUGGGCGUGAAAGCUUCAGGUGAUUCUUCCUCACUUGUCCUUUUAUAAAGUGAUUCUUCCUCACCUAUCCUUUUAUAGACAAAUGUGUAGGCCCUGUAUUUGAAUCUACUUGAAAAUUAGCUAAGUUAUGCACCCUGAGGUAUUAGUGUAAAACAUAGUUUUCGUGCAAUUUGCUGGAUAUUUAUAUAAAGUAAUUUUCAGCUAUAGUUCUACUCGUUUAAUGUUAUAAUUUAUUAUAUUGAUAUCUUAGCUAGGCUUCUUGAUAUGUCUGCAUUCCAGAGACUUAUAUCAUACCCAUUAGAAGUAUUCUUUUAGAACCAAGGAAAGAGGUUCAUGAAUAUGUUGUAAGACCGUUUCCUAUGACACAUUCUGAUUUAUACUUCAAUUUAUUCUGUUUACACAUUUCUGUAAUUUUAACAGAUUUUUUUCAACAGAUUGUAUAUUUUGUUUUUAGCCCGGCCCUUGUUUUUACCAAUAUCUCAAGAACGAUCACAUCUGAAAGCAUGGCUCAGUUGUGAGUUCCAUUCUCGCUAAAACAAUUGCUAGGUUAUUUCUCUUUUAGUAAAGAUAUGACUUAUCUUUUGUUGUCUUGCAGGUGGUUUAUGCCCAUCAAUAUCCUUUUAACGUUCAUCAUAGGCUCUGCUCUUGGGUGGAUCAUCAUUCAAAUCACAAAAACUCCUCCCAACCUAAAGGGUCUGAUUCUGGGCUGUUGUUCAGCAGGUAAAAGAUUAUUUAUGGCAUGUGUGCCAGUUUCCCUUAAAGAAAGCAACGCCAAAUGGAUACUUUUGUACGAAUUAUUGCAUUUCCAGUCACACAUUCCUCUGAUUUAAUAAGCCUUUUUUGAGGGUCUAGAGAUCAUUUUCAGUUCCGCUUCAUGUGAUGAUAGGACUUGAAAAUAAUUCCCAUGCACUAGUUCAAAUUAGAUCGUCAAUAAACUUGGAAGAACAUGUCUUGGAAAUAAGCUGGUCAUGGUACUGAACAUAGUCUAGAUGUUGAGAAGUUGACUAAAUGACUUGGAACUGUUUCUUCAGUUCAAAGAAUUUUGACUGAGAGCAUUAUUUUCUGUGCUUUUCUUCAACAGGAAAUUUGGGCAGCUUGCUGCUAGUUAUUGUCCCUAGCAUCUGCAGAGAGAAGGGAAGUCCAUUUGAUGAUCCAGAGACAUGCCAUAAGCAUGGAUUGGCAUAUGUCUCUUUAUCUAUUGCGGUAAGUCCCUGAAUCUGGAUGCGUACAGCAGUGUAGUGGCAUCAAAUGUCAGUUAAUUGUGAAUAGAAAACUAUUUAUGGUACAAAAAAGAACAUAUGAGACAGAGAUUAAACUAGGCACGUGGACCACCUGACCUAAAUUGAACCUCUACUUGUCGUGAUGCAGGUGAGUGCUGUCUUGGUGUGGACUUACAUCUACAAUCUUGUGAGGAUAUCUUCAAAUGUAAAAAAUGAUGAAGCGAAUGGCUACACAACUGCAGAAGAAACCAAGAAGCUGGCCGUAUCCGCACAAGAAACCAGUAAACUUGCCCAAGAUGGAUACAUGAAUGGAUCAGCUUUGGCAAACGAUCACUUGGUAUCUGGCCAUUUGGAAAAUGGCAUUGGGCUUCCGCUCCUUAAAUCCGAUGAGUUUUAUGAAACAAAAAAGGUCUGUUUUUCUCAUCAUCGCCUCAAGUAGACAUUCUUUUAAAUGCUGAUUUUUUUCUACCUAUAAACGUCCACACGCUGCAGUGAACCACAAUGUUAGAGUUCUUUGCGAUCUUUGGUACUGAAAAUUAACUAAAAAUGCAGAUAGAUGCAAUAGCCAUUCAAAAACUGAUAGAACAGACAAUCCAACGCAUACAACCUUGAGAAAAGAUAACCCAUAGAAUUUUCAGUCUUUAUUCGCUCGCUAAUCUUAACUUUCAGAACAUGAUUGCAGAUAUUCUUUCAAACCGGCAUUGUUUCCCGGCCAUUCAAUCUUUUUAUUCCCUUGAUCCCCUAUGAGAUAACUGUUCUAGUAUUCCUCAUUGGAAUCAGUAGGCAUGCUAAUGCCAGUAAAAUCAAUCUCACAGGCAUCAGUUUCAGUAAAAAUACAGCAUUUCUUAGCGAAAAUCCUGGAGAAUGUUGACUUGAAGAAGUUGUUGGCACCUUCAACCAUUGCUGUGGUAUGUACCCAUCAUAGGCCCCACCCCCACACCCUCGAGUCUUUUCCUUCCACUGGUAUUAGAACUAGUUGUGUGCCUUCUUCUUUUUUCUAGAUGGCAGGUUUUGUUGUUGGUGUUUAUCCCCGAAUUAGAAGCGCAAUGAUUGGUGAAAGCGCUCCUCUACGUGCAAUCAACAGUUCAGUUGCUCUGCUGGGGUAUUGACAAGCGCCAUCCAACCCCCACCCUCCAGUUUUUUCAGUUUCAUUCAAAGUAUUCGAUAACCCUAAAAUUAGUAACUCCAUUGCCCUUAAACCAGUGAUGGAGCAAUCGCGACUCUGAUACUGAUAAUGGGAGGAAAUCUGAAGAAAGGUAUCCCCCAGGCCUCAUAUUUUCAGCUUCUCCAUUCAAGAACUACUCCACAAUGCGUUUUUCAAACCAUUUUCCAACUUGCUCGUGCAGGUCUAUGCCUUAAGAUUCAGACUUCCCAGAUUGUUGGAGUCAUAUUCGUCCGUUAUAUUGCCCUUCCUAUAAUCGGCAUCGGCGUGGUGCAAGGAGCGGUGCAUCUAGGCCUCGUGCAGCUGGAUCCCUUGUACCGCUUUGUUCUUCUAGUGCAGUUCGCCCUCCCUCCUGCUCUGAACAUAGGUAACUCUGCCAAAUCAUCUUAUAUGAGACGAAGUUCUUGGCAUUUUUCUGGUCCUUACCAUGAUGGUAUGGUACAUAUUUUUUCCAUGGAUAUGUGAAAUUAUCUGCAGAAAUUAGACUAUUCGAAGACACCCACCCAAUUCAAUCUCCCGUUUUCUCGGAGACAAGCAUGCAUUUUCAUGUGAAAUAUUUGCUCUAGCCCUAUGAUAAUCUGUAGUUACUUUGAUUAAUUAACCUCAUAUUCUUGGCUCAAAUGGAUCACGAGCCCAUUCUAUGAUAACCUGAUAUCAUUGACGAUACUCGUUUUAAUGGCCAACAUUCAUGGCCCCUCUUGCAGGUAUAAUCACCCAGCUGUUCGGCGCCGGCGAGAGUGAAUGCGCCGUCAUCCUUCUGUGGAGCUACGCCUUCGCCUCUCUCUUUCUCACCCUCUGGUCAACCUUCUUCAUGUGGCUAGUCCUGUGA